AUGUGGACAGAACCAGGGACGAUUAUCGAAUGGAUACAGCAAAAUUGUUAUAUCAAUGAACCAGAUACCAAAAUCAAAUUACUGUAUAUAAUAACAGAUGGUUUGAUUGAACCUAUAUCUGUGCAAAAAUGUUUUGAAUUGAACGAAAAUAUGAACUACGAAAUGGUUGCUUUUCAUGCGAUUCAUGAAAAUUUGGAUAAAAUUGACCUUUCAGUAGCAGCGUCUUUUUUCAAGAAUCAUUGCAUAGUUUAUCGUAAUCGCGAGCUAUAUGACAACGUUAAUAUUUCUAAAGAAUUUGACUACAAUAAGAUCAACGUUGAUAACUUUGAAGCCGAAAGAGAAAACUUGAAAUCUUAUAUUAAGUUGAAAUUCAUCAAUAAAUCAAACCAAGAUACCUUUGCUUUGCAAGAAAUAAAUAAAUUGAAGUUGCUGAGAGAUCAA